GGCGUAUUGAUCGGCAGGGGUUUCUGUCAUUUUGUUGCUUUCCUUCUGUCACCUGUCAUCCCCGAUCAGAAACCCCAGGAAGUUAGUGUCUCUUAUCACGUCCUCGCCCCGUAUACCCCGCUUUCCGAUUCUCUAUCCUACAUCGUCCCACUAAAGCUACCCAAGCCGUGCCUGAGCGAGCAAACAGCAGCCCUCCCAUGCCACACUGACCAAGCACGCGCUGUAGCUGCGUGCGGCAGGGCCCCAUACGCACAUCCCACAACCAGCCAAAACCGCCACACUCAUCGACAUACAUGACCCGCCGCGCCACGCCGCGCCUGCGUCGUGUGUACGCGGCCCGCGGCCUGCUGGGCGCGCUGGCCUCGCUCAGCGGCCUCGCGCUGGUGCUGCUGCACACGCUGCCGGCCCUGGGUCAGGACCUGGUGCUGGUGGGCGGCAGCGUGGGCUGCAUCGAUAAGGUGCCGGGCCCGCCGUCCAACCUCAAGGCCACUGCCAAGGACGGCAAGGUGCUGCUGGCAUGGGAGCCCCCGGCCGACGGCGCGUGUGUGUCGCAGUACAUUGUCAACGUCAUGGACGCCGCGCUGCCUGCCAGCCUGCAGAGCACCAGCACCAGUGCUCGGUCCGCGGUGGUGGAGGGCCUGAUGAAUGGCCGCACCUACGCCUUCGCAGUUCAGGCCUAUGCCAGCAAGUACCUGGGCGGCGGCACUGCCAAGGUCCUGGCCACGCCCUCCGACCGCUGCGAUCCCUCCGUCGCGCCCGGCAACCCCACCAACCUGCGCGUGCAGGGCCUGGACAACGCCGCGCGUGUGUGCUGGGACGGCGUGGGCAAUGACGCCUGCGUGGACGAAUGGCGCCUGUCCGCAGUGCUGGUCAGCGGGCCCGCCUUCCGUGAUGCCAACGGCGGCAGCAGCGGCGCGCAGCAGAAGAUCUCCAAGGGAGCCUGCGCCAAUGUGACUGGGCUGGUAAACGACGCCAAGUACAAGUUCAGCGUGCAGGGCUACUCCAAGGCGCGCGGGCAGGGCGCGGCGGGGGCGGUGACGGCGCAGGUGGGCGCCCUGUCGGCCGCCUCCAACGGCUGGGUGUGCAACUCCAUGGACGGCUGCCAUCCCGACCGCCCCGGCCUGUGCUCCUCUGGCGGCGGCUGUGACGCCGUCAAGCGCAUGGGCCAGUGCUACGCGCCCGCCAUGCAGGACGUGGACUGGGUGCAGAAGCAGGUGACCCAGUGGUGCUCCAGCACCUGCGACUGCAAGCUCACAGCCGCACAGGGCGGCAGCCUCAUGGGGGGCAGCCUCAUGGGGGGCCUGGGCGGCCGCGGCCUUGGAGCCCUGGCCGGCAGCGGCAGCGGUGGCGCGGGCGGCGGCGCAGGCAACGGUGCUUUGCUGGCUGCCCUCACGUCCGCAGCACCCGGUGGCGGUGCCGGCGGUGGGUCCAGCUCCAUGCCUCCAUUGGGCGGCUUGGGCGCUUUCCUUGGGGCUGCUGGUGGCUCGGGUGGCGUCACCGCGGCCGGCGUGCCAUACGGUCAGGAGCUGUCCAAUCUACUGGGCGGUACCUUGUUCCCAGGAGGAGGAGUCCCUGGCAGCGCGGGUGGCGGCGGCGGUGGCGCGUCAGCCGCCGCCGCCAUUCCAGCCCUAUUCAACCCAGCCUCAGGCAUCUUCGGCGGCGGCGGCGGCGGGGGUGGAGCUGGUGCUGCCGGUGGUGGCGGCGGCGGGGUGCCGGCGGGCGGCACGCUGCUGUCGGACCUGCAGGACACGCGCACGGGACAGUUCGUGACGGGCGUGGCCAACGGGCUGGUGCAGAGCGGCGUGGUUGGCGACGCAGUGGGCAAGAUGACGUCGCAGUAUGUCAACAACAUGUUGCAGUCGCGACUGGGGCUGUCGGGAUCAGGUGGAGGUUCCGGCCAGUGACAUACAGUUCACAGUGUGGGCUGAGGUGGAUGAUUCCUGCGUGCUGGCCCACCUGAGGCUACGAUCCGUCAUCUGACUAGAAGUUGCAGGUAAAGCGCAGUUGUGAUAUUGGAGCUUUGAUGCGCUAUUAGUGAUUUGAUGUUACUGUGACAAGCAGCUGGCCGUGUGAUUAGUUCGCAACCCGUCGCAACCGGCAUUUGCAUUGACUACCCAGCAUUUCUCCCUCCAACUGCUGCGCUGUGUACUGACGGUAUCUGGAUAUGGCUGUGGUCGGCUUGAUGCAGAAGGGCAGGGCGGUCGCUUAACUCAUCA